CCGUAGGUUUGGAAUGCCUCUGUGUGAGAUCCAGAACAACUCACCAAACAUUUUUUUUUACAAUUGGGAUAUGUUACGGAUAUGUUUGUUUAAAAUGUAUAACAAUAAUUUCCCGACGCUUCAAGAGACUGAGUUGUCUUUCCUUGGACUAGGAGAGUAAAUCAGAGAGAGAGAGUGUUGUGAAUGCUGCUAAGUCGAAUUGCUUUCAACUUAUUUAUUGAAUUGCAGAAAUUCAUAUGGCGAGAUAGCAGGCUUGGCACAUUAUGUUAUAUCGUUCGUUUGGACCAUGGAGUAGUCCAACACGGACCGUUAUAAUGUGAGUCCUGAAUCUCUGGAUGUUUGGGCAAGCUAGCCAAGUUGGCUACAUUCUUGUCGCCCUGUGUAGCUGGCUAGAACAUUGUGAUUGUGUUCUGCUGGAGCGUUAGGCUACAAAGCAAGAAAGUGUCAGUGAAAAUACCUGCUUCUUUUACAUACAGGCGGAUGGAUGAAACACUGAAGAUGAACCCGCUAAUAGCAUAAAGAAAUGUAAGGUCCGGGUGCAUCUUCAAUCCCUAACUUACCAGGAAGGUAGUCUACUCUUAAAGUGCUGGAAGAUAGCCACUGUUUGCCAUAACUAUUAACAAGGGGAGAAGUAUAUGAUCAUAAUACAUCGCCCACAUGCGCUGGAUCAGUCGUCGGCUUGGGGAAAGGAAUCAGAAGGUGGUGGACGUGUUGAGCGCUAAACCCUUCCUGGCUGGAGGAAGAUGGCGCAGCCGUUCAAUUGGAAGUAGUGGCGAGAGGAGUGAAACUUCAUCGGGGCUCGUUGGAUUUACUAGACAUCUCGACCCUGAUCGAAGGACACAUGCAGGCCAAAAAACGGUACUUAAUUCUGUUCUCCGCCGGUGCGUGUCUCAUUCUGUUGUUGUACUUUGGAGGGAUGCAAACCCCGCUAUCCAGAAGCAACAACCGGCGUGAUGACCGCAGCCUCCAUGGACACCACGGGAGUCCCCAGUGGCACCACUUCUCCGGGUCCCUGCAGCCGUUCAGCCCCUGGGACCAAAUGGAGACCGAGGAGUACAACGUUCACAUAUCGCCACGACAGAAGAGGGAUGUCAUUUCGGGAGUUUAUAACGGGAAACGUUGCCGGAUGGACUCCUGCUUUGAUUUUUCCUUGUGCAAAACCAACGGAUUUAAAGUUUACGUUUACCCGCAACAGAAAGGAGAGAAGAUGUCAGAGAGUUAUCAGAAUAUUUUAUCUUCCAUUGAGGCUUCCAGGUUCUAUACGUCUGACCCGGGACAGGCAUGUCUGUUUGUCCUGAGUUUGGACACUCUAGACAGGGACAUUCUGUCUCCGCAGUAUGUUCACAACCUCAGAACUAAAGUCCAGAACUUGCAUCUGUGGAAUAACGGAAAGAAUCACCUCAUCUUCAACCUCUAUUCGGGAACUUGGCCCGACUACAUGGAAGAUCUGGGCUUCGACUUUGGACAGGCCAUGCUAGCCAAGGCAAGCAUCGGCACAGAGAACUUCAGACCCAAUUUCGAUGUCUCCAUUCCUCUUUUUGGGAAAGACCACCCCAGCGCCGGAGGGGAGAGGGGCUAUUUAAAAUACAACUCUAUCCCACCGUACAGGAAAUACAUGCUUGUGUUCAAAGGGAAACGAUACCUCACUGGAAUCGGAUCGGACACGAGGAAUGCAUUAUAUCACGUCCAUAACUCUGAGGACGUGGUGCUGCUCACCACAUGUAAACACGGGAAAGACUGGCAGAAGCACAAGGAUGCCCGCUGUGACCUCGACAACGCCGAAUAUGACCAACAUGAUUACAGAGAGAUGCUUCACAACUCUACCUUCUGUCUGGUUCCCAGAGGACGACGCCUGGGAUCCUUCCGCUUCCUGGAGGCACUGCAG